AUGUCGGGCUCUGGAAUGGCGUCGCUACAGGAGGUACAUGGGCGCAUGUUCAACUCGCAGAACUCGCAAUAUGCGCUUCCGGCGGAUCAAAAGGAAUAUGACCGCCUUGACCAGCAGCAUCUGAUGCAUAAACUGGCGCUGGGCUCAUUGUACUAUCCGAUCGAUCUCGUGCAGGCAGCUCUCGAGCCCGUAGAAGGAGAACAGAAAGCUAUCAUGGACCUAGGCACGGGAAGCGGGAUCUGGGCAGUCGAAAUGGCCGUAGCAUUCCCAUAUGCCCAAGUGAUGGGAUUUGAUCUUGCGCCGCACAUGAACAGACCACGGCCUCCCAACUGUUACUUCGAGCAAGGCGACUUCACCCAGGGCAUGGGCCGGUUUGCAGGACAGUUCGACGUUGUACACGCUCGGUCUGUGAGUCAAGGGAUGCGCAAUCAUGUGAUGUACAUGCAUGAGCUUGCUUUGCUUCUCAAACCGAGCGGAGUCUUGUUGAUGAUUGAUGGACAUCUCUCCUUCACUGAUCAAGCAUACCGUAAUCUGAAUCCGGUUCCCGAAGGCAAUCCUGGCCACUCGUAUGUGGUUAACUUGCUUGCUAAGGCAAGUGUAGCGAUGAAGGGCAGAGGAAGUCAGCCCGACAGCGCCGUCAUGCAGAAGGGCUGGGUCGAGGGUUGUGGGCUGUUCCAGAACAUUGGAAGUCGAGUGGUGUACACCCCUAUUGGGGCAUGGUAUAGCGGCCAGGAUCCGAAUUCACGCCGAUUGAACACCAUCGGUGCGACGAUGGGGGAGAACUUGCUGUCCUUUAUGGGGGCGAUCAGGCCGUUGCUGAUCGGUUAUGGAUUCGGCGAGGAUCAGGUUGAUUAUGAAAUUGGCAAAGCGGCCGAGGAAGUGCGAAGCGGAACGAGGCGAUACUAUACCCAGUGGCAUUACCUCUGGGCAACAAAGCGUGCUUGA